AUGUCUACUGUGGAAAUUUGCUCACAUCUCUAUCUGAAGCACAAAAACUACAGCGAAGAUCGCAAAAAUGAUCCCAGCAACGAUGCUGAACUCAAUAAAGACCCCGAGCCUCAUAUUCGAUGGCUGACCUUGAUUGUACGAGAUUGUGGUUGCCAAUGGUGGAUCAAGAUCAUCGUUAUUGGCACAUUGACUCAUUUUCGACCUCCGAAAGAAUUUCGUGACCGUCGUGAUGAAUUUACGCAGUUUGCCCGAUCGAUCGACUAUCGCUCUCUCCCUCUCUUAGACGAUACUCUUACCCAGAUCUCGUUGAUCAUUUCCCAAGGGACCCAUAAUAUUGUCAGAGUUCGACAGGGAUUCGAGUUCCAAGACAAUGCCUAUGCAGCCAUUGCAUACAAAAUGAAUUAUGAGAUCACGGAAGACCCGAAGAGAGUCUUCUAUCCUGUUUGUCCGUCAUCCUCACUACGCAAAAUUGAUGUCAAUCAGUUGCAGUCAAAAAGUGAAAUCCUCGGAGGAGUCUCAAAGGUAUUGCUUGAGAAUCAAGCCUUUGUCUACAAGGAGAUCAAUCGCCCACUGUACAUUCCACCGUGGGAUACCCAAUGUAUAAUGAAGGAACUAGAGGUACUCACGCAAUUUCAAGGUUAUCCGGGUAUCGUGCAACUAGCUGGUAUCGUCAUAUGCACCAACCCUUACAAAACCGACCCGGCCAGUGAGCGUCCCAAGGUAGUUUCUGGGUUUCUUCUCGAAUUCUGGGAUCUAGGUUCACUGGAGCAGAUUCUUGAAUCCGGUAACAUUGGCAAAUACUUCAACUGGAGAGCCCGGAUGGUUCAGAUCGGAGAAGCUCUGAUCCACAUGCAUGAGUCUCAUCGGUCCCAUCUUGACUUGAAGCCAUCCAACAUAGUCAUGAAUUCAAAAGGACACGCUGCUAUCAUUGAUAUCGGCGGCAGCUGUGGAUUUACGUGGGAAUGGCUUGCACCUGAGACGGUGGAGGAUUUGCUGAACCAACGGUUAACAUCAAUCAAUGCCUUACCAUUUGAUAUGCAAGUUCGGAAUGAUUGUUGGGCUUAUGGAAAAGUACUUUUGGCCGUCGCAGAGUAUCUUGCUGGUAGCGUUUUCGGUUACCAAUUGAUGGAUGUUGCACGAGGCUUGACAGAUGAGAGUCCUGACCAUCGCAUAUCACUUGUGAAUGCUAUUAUGUUGCUGCGCAAGAUGAACGGGGGCGAAUCCAUACUGAACGGCCACUGGCUGGGAUGA